UUUUUAUUAUUUUAAAUCUAUUUUAGAUUUAAACCAAGGAUUUAUUCUAAAAGUCAAACUAGUUUCUUCUUGUUGAAGAAAAGAGAAAUAAAACGUUGCUGAAUUACGUGUCGUAAGCUCGAGGUAUAAAAAGUGAAAUUCUUUCGACGUCAUUAAUAUUAAGAUAUCUCGAACUUUUCUAUGUUUCGACGACGUUGCGAUUAAUUUCUUCUCGGAAACCGUAUCAAGACCUAUUGUUUUCAAUCGGUUUUACCGAGCGAUAGAUUUACCACCAGUAUUUCUUUGAAAUUUUACUCGGUAUACCGUUUGAUUUCGAGUGUGAAAGUUUUUUUUUUCAUCGCUGUAGAAAUAAGAGUGAGUUGUGUGCCUCGGCGUCGCGACUGAAACUUUUUCUUUUUCUCAAAAUGUCAAUUCUCAAGUAGCCAAUCUGCUUGCCUCUCCUAUUUCUUUUACCCCUUCCUACUGUUUCCAACGCCAAGGUCGCCAAGCGACUCAGUUCUAUCGCGAUGACACGGACGGAAGGUCGUGUUCUUUACGCUCCGCGGUCGCGCGUCUUUCCGUUCGUCGAGAGCAAACGUCGCGAACGAACGAGUGUCCGGGGUGCCGAGUCGAGGAACGAGCGGUCAUCUCGGUCCUGUCUAUUAAGAACUUUGUGCCAUAUUUGAGAGACGACUACGAGAAACGUCGUAUGUGAAACAUAUCGCGAUCUAUCGCGUUCAGCGUAUCGUGUUUCGAUUCGCGAAGUCCGUCGCUUGUCCGAACGCUCUUUGUUUCUUCAACAUGAUAAAGAGGUUAAGGGAAAUUUGCAAAGUGGUCGAAUCUCACUCGCGUUUACGUCACGGCCGUUCUCUUUCCUCGAAAAAUCCAUCCUGCACCGAAAUAGUCGGCGAACCGUGUUACUCUUCAAGUUUUCGAUAAAUACCUUGGUUCCGUUGGGAAGACGUGUUAUUUAUUGCGUGAUUUCGCAUUUUUCCAACCGUCGGAAGCGGGAAUAUCGCGAGCAACUGCCGAGCGUCUUGAUAUGUUGGUUAUUCCGCGCAAGGCCAAGGUAUGAAAAAUGCAGCAACGUCGUGUGUGAAAUACAUGGAGUAUCGAAUAUCGUGACAUGCGUUGCGUUUCAGUUCGUAGCAUCCGUCCAUCACUUGUCCGAAAGUGAUUUCGAUACAAAAGUUAAUCGAGAUCUUAUUAAAAGCACUGCUCGCGAACCGCACUGGCGCUUACGUCGCGAUUUUCUCGAAAAGUGCACUCGCCCUGAAAGUGGACUCGUCCCGAGGUGGCCAGCGAGCCGUUUUCGCUAGAAAAGUAGACUCGCCCCGAAGUGGGCAGUAAGCCGUUUUCUCUCGAAAAGUGCACUCGCCCCGAGCUGGCCAGCGAGUCGUUUUCGCUCAAAAAGUAUGAAAAAUACGGUAACGUCACGUGUGAAUGACGUGAAAUAUCGAGUGUCGUGAAAUGCGUUGCGUUUAAAACACGUCGUGUUUCAGUUCGUAGCAUCCGUCCGUCGCUUGUCCGAAAGUGAUUUCGACACAAAAGUUAAUCGCGUUUACGCUCGCGAUCAAUCUCUUUUCUCGAAAAGUGGACUCGUCCCGAGGUGAUCAACGAGCUGUUUUCAUUCGAAGAGUAUGUUCGAAAGUGACGAAAGUGAUUUCGAUACAAAGGUUAAUCGAGAUCUUAUUAAAAGCACUGCUCGCAAACCGCACUCGCGUUUACGUCGCGAUCAGUUUCUUUUCUCGAAAAGUGGACUCGUCCCGAACUGGUCAGCGAGCCGUUUUCUCUCGAAAAGUAUGAAAAAUGCAGCAACGUCGCAUGUAAAAUACGUAGAAUAUCGAGUACCGUGAAGUACGUUGCGUUUGACACAGACGAAUUAUGCCGGGUGCAUAAAGUCGUAUUGUUUACUUCGCGAUUGCACAUUUUUCGUCUUGGUGUUGUCGGUUAGUCCGCGCGAGGGGUACGACUGAAGCAACGUCGGUGUCAUCGUGUGUGAAAUACACCGAAUAUCGCGAGCAGCGUGAAGUGCGUCGCGUUUCAGUUCGCAUUGUCCGUCGCUUGACCAAAGGUGGCUUCGCGUUCCUUCGCGUCGCGUUCUUCGCUACGAGGCUUAAUCGAGAUCUCAAAUGCGGUGUACGAACGCUUAUUCGUGUUUACAUCACAACCAAUCUCUUUUCUUGAGAUGUGCAGCCGCACCGAGACAAUCGGCGAAUCGGUUUUCCCUUUCUCAAUCUUCAACAGAUACCUCGACAAACAGUCCCGUCGGAGAGACACGAUGUCGCGGGUGCGAAGUCGUAUCAUUUAUUUCGCGAUCGCUUUUCGGUCGUUCGGAAGCGAAUAUCGCAAACGACAGCGAUUACCUCGGUGUAUUGAUUACUUUGCGCAAAGUGUGAAAAAUGAAGUAACGUCACAUGUGAAAUACGUGGAAUAUUGUGUAUUGUGAAGUGCAUCGCAUUCGACACACACCGUGUUUUCAGUUCGCAGCGUCCGUCGCUUGUCCAAAGGUGGUUUCGCGACCUUCUCGAUGCAAAGGUUAAUCGAGAUCUCAAAAGCACUACUCGCGAAUAUCACUCGCAUUUACGUCGUAAUUAGUCUCUUUUGUUUAAAAAAGUGCACUCGCAGGUGGCCAGCGAGCCCUUUCCGUUAUUUCCUUCGUAAAGUACGUCACCUGUCGCAAAGAUGCCGUCUUUGGAAUUGAAUGCGCGAGAUUGACAUUCCGCGAUUUCACAUCUUUUUUAUUUUAUGUUUUCAAAUGGACAUCACGUGCGAACGAGUCUCGAGAGUAAAUUGAAUCAGACAGCUGAUGGCGAUCGCUCUGCCUAUUUUUUGAUUCGCGCGAUUGUCUAGUGUGAGUACAAAAUUCAGAAAUGAUAUCGCGAUAAUCUAACUUGAUUGUGUGGUCGUUUACGAUAUAAGUACGUCGUGCGAGUGGAUACAGUGGAUACAUCUAGUGUGGAUACAACCAAGGGGACAUGUUGCAGCAGAAGGAAGGAAAGGAAUACCCGGAGGCCUUGCAGAGAGGAACAAGACAGUAGCGAUACAUCGGCCGGGACGACGGGGUACCGUCAGACUCCGAGGAGCCUGUUCGAGAACGCAACGGCGACAGCGGAUCGCGAGGAACCCGGUAUAGGAGUAGAGCAUGCACCUGCAGCCCUGACAAAGGGAAUCCGUGGAAUUCCUCGAUCGAGCAGCCGAUGUGUGUACGUCGAGACGAUGGAUGCAAAGCGAGACUCUUUUAUGCGGCGUAAUGGCACAGCCGUUCGUUCGAUUCUUUUACAACACAACUGACAUACCGAGGCCACAGUUACCGGUUCAACCACAACAAGUACGAAUACAGUCCAUCCUAGUGUAAACGAUAUGGACUGGUUCGCCGGAGUCGCCGAAGAAGAAUUAUUGUAUUAUACCGGCAUCGGCAACGACGUCGAUUCUCUGUGGGCUGUUAUUGGGAGUUUUGUACCGCCGCCACCUAGGCCACCUUAUCUACCCGAAGAAAGUAUCGCUACUGAUGGGCUCACUACCUGCGAUUUGUGCUCGUGGGCAUGGAGAAACGAUAGGCAUUCUUUUUCUCUAGACGGCACGCUUGAAGCUCCUGGAGAACUUGGAUGGGUGUUGACUCUUGUGAUAGUGUCUUUAGUAUCAGCCGGUAUCGGGGCGGUAGUAAUGAUGACUCUUCUUCACUGUCGAAGGAUAAAAAGUGCCGGUGGCAGAGCGAGCUGUUGCGGCGUCGGCGUGGAGGAUCCAAACGUGCCGGACGCCGGAGGGCCCGCGGGAGCGGGUGGUACCGGCGGCGGGGUGGCCGUCAUACCCGAUCGGCCGCCUCUCGAAUUAGACAAAUUACCGCCUUAUCACGACGUAGCGCCUAGUCCCGGGCACAACGUUUGGUCGUGGCUGGGAUCUCGGCGAGGCGGCGGCACCCCGGGAGUCGUCACGACGCCGCUCUCCCUUCCUCAGCACCGACGGGCGAUGAAUCUCCCGGUCGAGAAUCACUACACCCACAUGCAAACCGAUGAGGCUCUGUACGCGGAACUGGACUCGCAGGCCGCGAGCUACGCGAGCGAUCUACAGUUACAAAUGAGAGGAAGCUCCACGUAUGGUACGACUUCCGGCGGCCAGGACGACGAAUAUCACGAACUGGACGCUGCCAGAUUACAUCGUCAUUACGGAGAUAGCGACGGAUCGCUGCAAACGGAUACACUUCGUACUCGACACAGUAAAAGGAUACAAGAGCCGGAUUACGAGAUGUACGAGAAUGGACCGUCGACGCCGAUACCACCGGGUCAACAUCAGCAUCAUCAUCAUCGGCAUCACCAUCAUCACAACCAUCACCAUCAUCAUCAUCAGGAGCUUAGGCUUGGUAGCAGGAACAGCGAGCAUCAUCCCUCGUAUCAGAACACAGCGUACACCGGAAGCGACGCCGAACCGGACGGGCCGACGUUGAGCAGCGCUCCCAGCAGCGCUUACUACAGCGAUCUCAGUUCGAACUCGGCGAAUCAGCAGAUGCCAGUAGCGACGGCGCCGUCCGCGACGACGAUAACGACAACGACGACGCCGACCACGACAAGUCUGCAUCUGAGUCCACAGAACCUGGACACACCGCAGUACAGACUGGCGGCGAUCAACGAGAGCACAGUGCCUUCGGAUUAUAUUUAAGAGAUGAUCUUUUCGGAACGGGUGACGAGAGAGAAGUUUGUAAUAGGCAAUUGUUCGAAGUGCGAAGUCCCUUCGCAAUAGUAUUUAUAUAAUUUAACUCAUUUCACACGCGAGGACGAUAGGAAGUUGUCCUUGGAGUAAAAAGUAGGAAUAAAACGGAGGAGGUGAGAUCGGAGGAGACACGAAAGACUGUGAAAUUUUUCGUCAUCGCCGUCGUGACUCGAAAGUUUCUUCGAGCACAGUGUUUCACGGUGCUCAGUUUUAAAAGUUUCCCCCGUACAAGAGGAAUUGAAGAGAUCACGUUCGGCAAGAGCGUUGUUUAACCGGCGGAUGUAUCGGAGACCGGUUCCGAAUAAAAUCGAUUUCUUGCUCGGCAACGCUCCACUUGCGCCUUUGUCGCCACACUUUGUGGUCCUGUUAAGACAAUCGACUUUCGAGACACGCGAAUCGACGGAUCAAGCGGCGCGAAUCGAUCGGCAUCGCGGCGCGUUCCCCCUUUGCUUUUACGCGCUAAUAAAAUACUAGGUAUUCAAUGUCUUGAUACUUUUUUUUUUAACGGCAAAAGACAAGCGGAAGAUAAAACCGGUUGACAGGUAAGUGACCAGAGAAAAUCGCGCCGGCGGAAUUAAUACACGCGAUUAAGCGCUAUUCUCGCGAAGACAAAACCAGCCGAUCCCGAAACAAAAAUAUUCAAACUGCUAGGCCGUCGCGACUGAGCACGCGAUUGCGCUCGUUAGAAUAUUGAUAAAAUCAUGUUUCACGUUAGCCUAAGAUGCGUCGCGGGUAUGCGGAUAUAUUUUGAGUAACUGCAAUAACGGUUCAAGCGUGACGCUCGAUUUCCACUCGGUAAACGCAAAGCAAAAACAUAAUGAUACCACGCACGAAGAAUCGCGCGUUGCGGUUUCCAAUCAGUAAUAACACGCCGAGAUAUAAAUUGAUGCCGCCCAGACUUUCCCGCGAAAGUCAACCAGUACUAGGCGAAAAAAAUGGACCCCCAUUAUUUCUACCACCAUUUAUGUCAAUCAGAAAGGAGGGGAGAAGCGAAAUUUCAGACCUAUAUUAUGCGAGUGAUCGACGGCAGCGCAUAAAGCAUCGUUCGGCUCAAAUUACUGUAGUCUGAUGGGAUAAGAUUGCGUAUGGUAAAAGUAACCUCGCAUUAAAUUUGAUAGUUCUUCGUGAGAAAUAAAAGCGCGAUGUGAAUUGUGUAAUAAAUUGAAAGUGGAAGCAAGAAAUUGGAAAAUUGCGAUAAACAAUCUCGACGUUUCCGCUUUCAAUCGACGAAAAAAAAUCGACUUUCAAUCGACUAAAAGAGUUUUCGUUUGAAUGCAGUAAAGAAAUGAAGAUUGUCUUGCGCGCUUAUGUAUAUCUCAUCCCAAUCUCAACUGCUACACGAGGUAGGAUCUUCUCUUACGAGAUUCUAACGCAUUAGAGGGUUAAUUUAGAAUCUAACCAGAUAUUUUCCCAAGUACAACUGUGGACGUGUGUCACGCAGAGAGGAGAAAUCUGCACGACGGAUUCGAAAUGCCUACACGAUACGCGAAUGAAAUGAAGUCGUUUUGAAGAGCAGGUGCCCCGUAAUUUGACGUUCGGAGCUGCCAGUCAGCGCCCUCGGCUACAUCCGUCCGCGUUCUCUAAGCGUCCACCGCCGCCGCCGCCAACCAGCAUCCUUCCAUGUUUGCCGCGCGCAAAUGAGGUCUCGUUUUCACGUGCGUGUCUCGAUUAUGGGAAAUUGCAGAAUUCCGUGCCGCAAAGUCGGAUCAUGAUGCUCAAACGAAGUACGUAUGCGAUAUUCGCACGAAAUAUCUCUCUGACGGAGCAUUUUAUUAUAUUAUUUAGACCGGACAGCGCACAAUACGACGACCAAUCGCAGGUGGUAUUGUUAACGGCUAAAAAGGGACUGCUCGUUAAGUCUGUUAAACGACUUCGUUGACUUCGUUGUCUGACUCGUCGAAUUUUGUGCCGCAGUAUUCAGGAUAACAAAAUUGCUUCUCUUUCAGCGGGAAGAGACGGAAGAGACGCAUUACAGCAAACGAAGUUUAACGCUCACAAUAAAAUUGUCUUCGUGGCCUUGUCGUGUAAUACGGCAACGAGUUGUGGGAAAUAUUUCUGCUAGCAUUUCUGGAUAUAAUCGUACACGAACUUCGUUCGAGGAGUCGCGUCGAAUCGCGUUCGCAUGUCACGCGAGGGAUUACCCGAGUCCGAGCAUUAAAUGGGCUUCGAUCUUGGCGGCGUAUUACUUUCAAUCGUUUAUCCUCGAUUCCCGAUCGACGGCGGAAUUAAUUCGUCUCGCUCGAUUCGGCGGGGAAUCGUUUAAUCGUCGCCGUCGUGUUCCUCUCUUAAUUACCUUCUCAGGCGAAGCUGAUUGUUCCCCUCGUCGCGGGACACGAAGAAGCCCAAGAAGACGCGUUCUCUCGCUUCGCCUCUGGAUUCUCCCGCGUAUGUUUCACGUCGUUCACCUUUAACUCACCUGUGCUCACGCACACACUUACGUACACGCACACGUACCCUGCGUCCGAUCGAAUACUCACUUCGAAGCACACGGGAAUACCCGUCGCGCUCAUCUAAACGCGCCUCGCCAUACGUGUAUGAAAUAGCUUCAGAACACCACUUGAUCUCCUCCAAGUUUCUAGUUACCGCGCGCUUUGAGGAAAAUGCGAAUGAAGGAACGCCCAUUAUGUUGUUGGAAGUUGUGUUGCGAUCUUCAUAAAGAGGAAUAUACCUCGCAGUCAGGAAGUAUCCAAGUUGGCAUGACAUGGAAUUUACUUUUAGUCCAAAGGCGUCGUUUUUCUUGUAAUUCCUAGCGUGAUCGACACAUUUUGAAUAUGUUUCGAGAUUUCCCGAAGAGAAAGUUCUGCGUACUCCAUAAAUAUCUAUAACUCGUUAUUUCUAAGGAAUCAACACUAAAAGUACCGAAAGAUUGCUUCCAUUUUUUUUUUUACAUCAAUAUCUUAUUUCUUGUGCAAAAGAUAGGAUUCUAAAAUUUUCUAAAUUUUCGUCAAUAACAUUUUUUAUCUUGAUAAAAAAUUUGGCCUUUCAUCACUUUCCUUAUUUUCACAAUAAUUCAUUCGCUUUGUCCUUUCAGCGAGUGAAUCAUGUUGAUACUUCUAAUGUUGAAGAAACGUAUCGGGCAUUACCCUCGACUUUUUACAACUACUGGCUAUUUUUGAAACGAUCGAAACACAUGAGAGCAUCGAGAUGCAUAGUCGGGAGUUAAGAGGCGCAACGUGUGCGUUCAAACCACACAGACGCAACAAUACGCUCCUUCUGUGGAUACGCUAUAAUUAAUUGUGCCCUCGCGGCCACAAUGGUGGCAGGGAGAGACUGUCGGUGUUGCAUUAUACCGCAAAAAAAGAAGAAAAACUCACGACCGCGCCACAUCGUCGCAGCCGGACGGGUAGCCCUUAUCACGGCUGUGUUACGCGAACGAGAGCGUAUUAUGGAAUUCGUUUAAUUAAAGCCCGUCUCGUUUCUCUUCGCGCGCCUUCUGCAUCCGAGUCGCGCGUCGAAGCUCCUAGCAGGUUCGCGUGUUCACAGAUAAUUUGGAAUCGCAAUCCAAAAGGCUGCAACUUGCAUUUCUCGUAAUCCGCGUUCAGGUAGAUUAGCUCAGUCGCGUCGCUUAUCGCAGAACAUCUCUUAACGACGUUGCCCUUCGUUGCAAUAAGACAGAUGCGAAAGCCACGGACCACCGCGCGUGUUAAUCUACCUCGCGUAAUGCGAAAAUAUCACAAAUCUCCCUUAUAUUUGCGCCAUUUGCGAUCUGGACGUCACUUUAAACCGCGUGAAAACAAAACUACCUAAAAUGUCUGUAAAUCGAAUAUUUUUAUUUCGGUCCCGGUUACUUCUGAUUACAUGGAUUAUCACAAUCGCAUUAAAAUUUAAAUUAACCCUUUAAUGCAAUCUAUUAACUUGACAUUUUGUACAAGAUAUUAAAGUGAAACAAUUGCUAUUUUUUUUGUUAGACAACGAACAUGAAAAAGCUAAACUUUUAUUUAAUUAUCAUUAGUGAUAAUGGAUAAAAUAGUAAUCUAAUGAAAACAGUAUGGAAGUGAGAAAAAAAAA